AGUUGCAGUUAGUUUACCGUUUGCACUUCUUUCACUAUGAAUAUAUCAGUAGAUCAAGGUUUAGCUAACAAAUGCUCUGUUUUUUUGUCGUCAAAGAUGUGAUUGGGCCGACGCUACUAGUCCUCAGUCAAGACAUUGAGCAAAAUGUUCAGAGAUUACAAGUAUCUCCAUGCAACAGACUCUUUGAAAUACGCGAGCUUGACGGUGAUGGUGACGAAGGAAGUGGUGGAAGGGACCUCAAAGAAGACCAAUAGUUGCACCAGGGCAAUUAUCUGGUUGACCAGGUCGGUGAAUUUCUCGACACAUUUGCUGGAGGGAUUAGUGAAGAACUCAGAGUCAAGCCUGCAAGAGAUGGUGGAAGAAGCAUACAAGAGCACCCUCAAGCCGUUCCAUGGAUGGAUCUCAUCAGCUGCUUACAAGGUAGCAUUGCGUCUUAUUCCGGAAAGAGACAUCUUCAUUCAGUUGCUGAUGGGGAGCUGCCAGGAUCCUGGGUAUUUUGGUGAAGAUGUCAUGGUCUUGGUUUCCAUUGUACAACCUCUGCUAGAGGAGAUAAAUGCCAUUUUGGUCGGUGUUCCCCAUUAUGCACACGCACACAUUCUUAAUGAAACAGUCACUGCAUUGCACUGAAGAUAUGUGUUUCCUGAUGCAGUUCAUGAUUGUUAAUAUACAGGUAAAGCAACGGCUGGAAAGGCUAAAAUCCACCUGAAACACAAGCACUACUAGGAAAAGGCCUACUAGUGGCGCACCAGUUUUGCCUACUAAUGGCGCACUACUGGUGCGCCACUAGUACCACGCCACUCUCGGGUAAAUAUGCUUAAUCUCAGGUCAAAUCACACUCCGUGGUCAAACUUCCCGAAAGGUCACCCAUCCUCACACUACUCCAGCCCAAGCACGCUUAACUUCGGAGUUCUAUCCAACCCCAGCACCAGCUCA